AAACUUCCUGAUGAAAGACAGCCUGUAAUGACACUUCCUGCAUUUCCACAAGUGCUGACAUCAUUUUUCAGAGUCGUCCUUGAACGCCUCACCGCGGGCUGUGAGCGCGCGCGUGAACCAGAGGCGCUCCUCUUUCUCCUCUGUUCCGUCAGCUCUGGGAGCGUCUCCGUUCCCACUCACACUACAACCGUCAUUCUCUCCAGAGGACUAAACUCUCCUGGAUAGUCUGGACUCGAGGAAACCUCGCGAAGGAUGUAAGAAGUCUGUUCCAGUCUCACCGCUUCACCCAUCGCUCUUUCUCCGCGCAGAUGUGGAGGAUCAAUCACUCCUCCACAUCUGUCCUCUUCAAACGCUCUCAGAUCGGGUCAGGUUUCGUGGAGUCAUGUUAGCAGUCCUGAUACACAUAUUCCUGAUGCCCCAUGCUGCUCAGUGUUUGAAGCCGGGCGAUGGAGCCGCCAUUCUUUCAGGAGCUUUGGGUCUCCCCUGGCACGAUGAACUGUGCUGUGACUCACCUUCUGCUUCCCUCAGUGGGGACAGAGGCGUCACAAAUAGACCAACAACAAAUGGAACUAUGUCAAGCCUCCCACACCACCCCAGGUGUAAAUUCAGGAGGUUGAAACCAGAAUUCCUGCCUCAAAAGCCCUCCGACGGCAUCUGUCUGGACAUUUUGUGUCGUAUCAAUGAAAACUGGGAAAACGUCACUUGUUACCUUCAGUUGCUUGAUGAGCCUUCUGGAAAACUGGACGCUGGUGGAACGACGUUCAGCUUCCAGCAGCUGACUGAUAAAGACGCCACGGAGGUGAAUAGUAAUCCUGUUGUUUGUGAAGCAGAGGAGUCCUUUACAUGCUCACUCCCUCUCCACCCUGAAGCCAGCUAUGUCGCCACGGUUACCGUCAACGUCUCCAGUGUUAUGGCUCCACCAGUUUUCCUCAUCAUUCCAGCCAGACCUGUGAAACCAAGUCCUCCAGUCAACGUCACCCACUAUCAGACCAUAGAACCAGAGCUGAUUGUCCAGUGGGAAAGUCCACCACACUUUAAUGCAACUCAACUGAGAUACGAGGUUCGGUAUUCUACUAAAAAUGACUUCGCCUGGCAGGUGGUUUCGGUCACCGGAGAGCCUCGGCUGUCUCUGGAUCUGCAGCCCGACCAGGAGUACACAGUCCAGGUUCGCUGCUCCAGCCUGGACGAGCCUCCUCUGUGGAGUGAAUGGAGUGCACCUUACAAGUUUUACCUGUACAUCGUGACGUACAUCCCUGAAAAGAUGGUGGCGCAAGCGGGGAAGAACGUGACGGUGUAUUGUGUGUUCAACAAUCGCAGCAUGAACGCCAGCGAGGCCGUCUGGAAGCUCAACUUCCAUCAACCUCUUCCCAGCAGCAUGUACCACCCAGUCAGCGAAAGGGUCAGCAAGAUCACGAUGCGUGCUUCAGAGAGUCGCAUGUAUGAUCUGUUGACGUGCACACCGGAGGCAGCCAUCCCAUACAGCCAGAUCUCCAUAGAAGGGGCUUCCCUUGAUAUAAGAUGUGAAAUCAACGGCGAUAUGGACACUAUGGAGUGUAGCUGGAACAGCACACAAUGGUUAUCCUUCAAUCUUCAACACAAGUGGACCCACAUGUCCUGUAAUAGUAUGAAGCAGAAGGAGGAAGCUGGUGAAAACGUGGGGAAAAUCAAAGAAGCUUGUUUCUCCAUCAAGCCUCGAACCUGCACCUUUCAUCCGCUGCAUGUCGGCUGCUACAAACUGUGGCUGGAAUUGGGAUCUGAUUCAGGUUCCGUCCGCUCCAAACCCAUCUACCUGUCGUCUAAAGGAAAUGUAAAACCUUACUCACCCAGUAAUGUGAAGGCAUUGACCCUGAAGAGUGGGGUCCUCAGCGUCAGAUGGGAGCCUCCGUCUCUGCCGGCUGAUGGGCUCCAGUAUGAGCUGCAGUACCACAUACUGUCCACUGUGAAAGAGGACUGGAAGAUCCUGGGGACCAAACAGCCUCCCCCCAUGACAGUAGAGGUACCAGAGAUGUGCCGUGUGUACGUCGUUCAGGUGCGCUGCAAGCACAUCGGAGAAAACAGCUACUGGAGCGAAUGGAGUGACAUCAUCUACUCCACACCCAACAACAGCAGAGCUCCAGAACAGGGUCCUGAUUUCUGGAGAAUCCGUCAAGAUGAUCAUCACAAAAACAAGUCCAACGUCACUCUGCUUUUUGAGCACUUCCCAGUUACAUGGAACUCCUACUGCGUGGAUGGCUUCAUUGUCCAGCAUCUGGCCUCAAAUGGAUCAGUGGUGAGGAAACACAUCAACCUGGGCCCAUCCUACAGCUUUGAGUGGAACCAGGAGCCUCAGACUGUUACUGUGGAAGCCUACAACAGUCUAGGAAACUCCACCCACAACAUGAAGAUGACGCUGGAGAAAACGCCAAGACGUAAAUCUUUGCAUUCCGUCCAUGCACUGGUGUUGAAUAGCACCCAUGCGUCUCUGUCCUGGAGCCUGUUGGAUGACAGCGUCGUGCCUCUGUUCAUGGUGGUCCAGUGGUCAGAGUCAUCUGGGCUGAGUGGACUUAAGUGGGUCAGACUGCCCUACAGCAAUCAAGCUGUAUAUAUUAAUGGAAACUUUUCUCACUCUGAAGACUACGGCUUCCACUUGUACCCUGUGUUUGCUGACAUGGAGGGGGAGCCGAUGUACAUAAUAGCUGCUAAAAAAAACCCUGCAGCCUACAUGAUCAUGAUGUCCAUCUCCUUUCUCUGCAUCGUCCUGCUCUUCACCCUAGUCCUCACACAAAACCAAAUAAAAAAAAAUCUGGUUUGGAAACAUGUUCCCAACCCAAAGAAAUGCUCAUGGGCCAAAGGACUAGACUUCCGAAAGAUGGACACCUUUGACCUUUUCCAACCUGCAGAAGGUCUGCAGACGUGUCCCCUGCUCCCCUCCGACAACAUCAUCUCCAAAGUGAUCAUUGUGGAGAAAACAGAGACAAAAGCGUUUAUGGAGUCCCAGCUAAUGUCUCUGAGUUGUGACCCCGUCACUUCUACAUCUUCCUGCUUUGCUCCUGCGUUUGACAGAUCUCGUUUGGACACUUCAGCUCCUUCAAGCCAAAGUCCAGACAAACCAAAUCAGGCGGAUCCUGAAGCAUCAGACAUUGUUGAUAGCUCCGCCUCGACCUCAGUGAGAUACGCCAAAUUGCUGCUCCCUUAUCUGAAGCAGGAAAAGCAGUCAGGGAACAUCAACGAUGGCAGCAACUCCAGCGAUGAAGGCAACUUUUCUGCAAACAACUCAGAAAUGUCAGAAUCUUCUCCCACUGGCCUUUGGGAGCUGGAAAGCUGUCACAGUGCAGAGACGGAUGACCAGAGGCGCUCCUGCUCCUACGCCUCAGAAGGGGAACUUUCGGAGAUGUCCGAGCACGAGAGCGUCACGGAGCAGAGGCAGGAACAGCCCCUUUGCUACCUACAAAUAGGUUAUCCAGCAGAAGACGAGGAGAGUGAAGAAGAAGAGCAAAGAGAGGAGGAGGAGGAGGAGAAACGAAAAGAGGAGACCGCUAAUCUGAACGGAAAAGACUUUUUUGUGCCGUUGAUCUGUGACUUGUCCUCGCAGUACAUGCCUCAGUACAGAACUGCUGCUUACAGGAGCCAGCUGCUACAUCAAACAGAAGAGCUCCAGCUAUAAAGAUGUGGACUUGUGAGGUGUCACGUUCUGGCCUUCACAAGAAAAAAUGCAUUUCACUUUGAUAAUGUGCAGUGCAGAGCUACAAAAUGUGAAAAAAGAACAAAAACUGAGGAAUGACUACAGAUCCGUCAGUGCUGCUAUUGUGUUCCGUGGCUUCAUGCUUCAUGAUGUUGGAACAUUUGCUCAGAAAAAAAAGAGCCAAUAAGGAUCAGGAGGCAGGUCAUCAGUGUGCGUUAAAUAGAGGAGGAGGCUCACAUCUAGAAAUUCCCAGAAACAAAAAUCCUCCAGAGAAAUAUAAGCUUGCAAAACCCUAAAUAUAGAAAAGCUUGACCAAAAAGAUUAAACCCUUCUACAAUUGGUUAAAUAGAAAUUCAUCCUCCUACUUAUACAAGAUUAAAAAGCUUUAAAGAGAAUAAAGAAACACUUUUUUGUACACAAAUCGCAAAUGGAAAAAAAUGGACAUCAUUUAAAAUCAAAAGAAAAAGGGUAAUUUUGAAAGGAAAAUUUUAUUCUAAUCCCAGGCAGUCAAUGCAUUUGAAGGUCAAGCUAUCUAAAGCUAAAAGUGCUUAUUUUGUGUUUUUAAAGUGUCUUGUAAUGUAUGAAAAUGUGAUAUUUUUGUAAAUGCUUGGAAAUGAAAACAGCAGCUAAUUUCUUGAGUAAAGAUAAAAAAAUGUUUAGUUUUUCGAAGACAA